UUGCUGUAGACCUAGCAUUUAACCUAGCAUAAAUUUCAAGUGAGUGCCUGUACAAAGUGCCUGCCAGCUCCUGGGACCCAUCUUGUGAGGGAGCAAGCUACCUGCCUUACAGCACCUGUGGGUGCUCUGGUGCAGCUGCUUCAAGUAGGAGCCCUGGUUUCCUGUGGUGUGGGUUGAGAUGGAGGAGCGUGGUGGGCAGCAGCAACUGCUGCUUUUCCCCUUCUGCAGGCCUCAAGGCAUGGGUGCUGUGGCAGUUAUUUCUACAAAUGCUUUAAUGGAGCAGUUGUAUCUAAAAUAUCAACAAAGACCAUGGACUGAAACUCUGAAACUUGUCCAUUUUUGCAUGGAUAAGCCACGUCCAUCUCCUAUCAGUAAUGCGCCAGAUGGUCCGCUGCUCUCAUGCAUGGAGAAGUUGCAGAGGACUCUAAAUGAUAAAUCUUUGUUUUCUGUGAUGAACAGAUUGGAAUCUUUAGCCAAACAAAAAGGGCUUAACUCUCAUGUUAGCCCCAGUGGGACUGCCUGCUACAUAACCUCAAACAUGUUUUAUAUAGAAGUACAGCUGGAGAAGGAUGGAAGGGUGAUGGAUGUAAAGCUGGCUCACCUUGGAGAGGCUCCUGUGAUUUGUGAUGACUUGGUGCAGCACCUAAGGAUGAAGAAUUAUGACGCAUUUGGAAAGAUUCUAGAAGACCUGUCAAAUCUGUAUCAAAUUCCAGGAAACAGUGAAAUGAAAGCUAAGGGUUACCUUGCAUUGCAGUCCCUUGAAAAAGAUCUUUAUUCAAUGUCUCUUCUACACAGAUCACAGGAUGUAAACAGAAUUACUGAAGUACUUCAUGGAAAAGUAGGACACCUGGUGCCAAGAACUGGAGGAACUCCUAUGAACAUUGAAUUUUACAUUUCUCCAUAUCAAAUUUUGGAAGCAGAGCUCAAUCCUGGUUCUCUGGUGUGUGGAACAAAAGCAGUCGUAACUGUUGAAGGCACGGAUACGCUCCACAGACUUCCUCUUUCUCCGCUGCUUGUAGACUCUCAAGCUGGAGAAGAUGGCAACCCUACUUUUUUGCCACUGACUAAUGAACUCAGCAUGGAUUUGUCAGCUUGUUUUUUGCUGAAGUUUCAUCAGCCUAUUCCUCUGUCCCUAUCCAAUAUUGAAGAGAUACAGAUGCUCACAGGCAUGUUACGACUGUUUUUAAGACUAAGUAAUUUCUGACCACUCAUUGCUUACUUGCUUUUUAUUUCCACAUGGUAAUGUAGUACAAGUUAAAACUGGAUUCUGGGGUAGAAAAUCUUCUGUACUAUAUCAAUUUGUACAUCAACUGUUAGAAGCCAAGGCAAAGUUGUUAAACACUAUCUAAAAUAUCUUGAAGUUGUUGAUUACCAUCAGCAAAAAAGGAAAGAAGGAAGGCUAAUGUUUUUAUGUCUGUGCAUUUUCUUUAGUUUGUAAAAACUAGCUUUCAUGUACAAUCUAAUCUAAAAGCUAAUAAAAAACAUCAUCUGUUUUCAGGAAUUCAGAUAACUGCCUUGAAACUAGCUCCUUUGUAUGAGCUGAUUAUUCAAUCUGCCCUUAAAGAAAAAGGCAGUGAAGAUUUGUCUACGCACAAAUCCUGUUUCAUUGUGGUGAGUAUACUGCAUGUUUGACAGAUGUUACCCUUGUGCAGUGAAUACACUGAAAUAUAUUUCUCCAUUAGUAAACAACACAGGUUUCCCAGAACCCCAAAAGGAUUUAAAUACUCUUUAGAAAAUAGUUCAAAUUACUUAAGAAAUAACAGAUCCUUUGAAGUAAGCAAACUUGUCAUCUGUGCUAAUGAGACACUGUAUUCAUGGCUGCUGAAAUACUAAUUUGUCUUUGUGCAAUCCAAAUACUUUUUAAAAUAUUGUUCAAAACUUUAUCAUUAAUGCUUUAAUAAGAAGGAAACUUACUGUCUGGUGUGAGGAGCACAUCUAAGAUUGACACUUAGAAGUGAUAAACAUGCAGCAAAACACUGUAACAAAACCAGGCUUCUUGAUUGAAUAACACUGAAAAUACUGAUUCCUUUUAGAGGGACUGGCAGGAAGAAAAGUGUAAAGCAUUACAACUGUGAUGUCAGUUACUAUUUAGAGCCAUGGCCACUUAACUGCAGAUGGCUUC